ACGGGUGACGCGAGGCGGGCGAGGCUGCCCAGAUCGGGCAUCGCCGGCGUGCACAGCCACCGCCGCAAGGGGCGGCUGCUCUACCGCGCAAGCAUCGUCGCGGGGCCGUUCCGGAUCACGACCGGCUUCAGCGCGAGCCCCGACCGGGCCGAGCAGCACUUGCAGAUCCUGCACAGCCUCCGCGACCGCAUCUGCGCCGCGACCGGCAGCGCGGUCGAGGGCGGGGGGUACUGCCGCGGAGUUGAGGCCCGCUUCCGCGCCGCGGUCGCCACGGAGCCGCGGCCUCUCGGCUUCGGGCCGGGCGCCCCGCGCCUGUACUUCUACGCCUCGGUGCCCGCGGGCUACUGGGUGGGCCGGCCGCUCACCACGCCGAGCUUCCCAGUGGCAGACGGCCUGGAGGUGGGCCUGCAGGCCUGGCGGCGCCUCAGCGAGGCACGCGGCGCCGUCUUCCUGGGCCGCACGAACCGGUACACGAUGCUGCAGCACCACGACCCCGCGGAGCUCGACGCAGCCUGGAUCCGGCUCCGUCAGGUGCACAUCGACAUCUGGUCCGAGGUGGGCCGCUGCCCGCGGCGGCUGGCGUCCCGGCUGCGGGAGCUGGAGUCGCGGCGCCGCUCGCGGAUGCCCUCGCCCUCGCCGGCAGCAGUGCCUCUGGGGCGGCUGGCUGCGGCCGCGAUCCUGCCGUGGCGCCGCCGGCGCGCCGGGGCAGCCGCGGGCACGGCCCAGCACGCCGCCAGGGCGCCCCCGGCGGUCGAGGGACGGCUCGGCCCGUGAGGGCGCGCGCGCGCCGGCGGGGCACGCGCGGCCGCUGCGGCCAGAGGCCGAUCGCCUGCCCGCCCUCGUCGCCCCGCGCUCUCGUCCUCGCCAUCGUGCUCCCCGUGCGCCUGCGGCCUGUCCUUUCGCCUUCCCACGCCACUCUCUCUCUCUCUCUCUCUCCCGCUUCCGUUUCUCACUUCCUGAGAGC